AUGCCUAGCAAGAAAAAGCGGCCCUCAAAAGCGCUUCUCUUCUGCGAGUAUGUCGUUGGCACUACCAUUGCCUCUGCCCUCGGGCCCAUCCCCAAGAAGCCUCGCGAGAAAAGAGACGUUGUCACGGUGGAAGUACUCACCGACGACGAGAAGGAGGAAGAUACCGUUAAAAUAACAUACCCUCGGUCUGGGAGAUCUUCCAAGAAACAAAACACAUUGGGUGCAACUGUCAAAAAAGUCCGCUUUGAAGAAAGGCCCAAGAAAUCCUCCAUGAAAAAGUCCCCGGCAUCAUCCGAGUCUGAAGACGCGCCUACCGAUUCCGAAGCAGAGAUCUCUGCCGAGUCGAGCGACUCAAAAGCAAGCGAUUCACCGUCUCCCCAGAAGAGCAAAAGUAAAAAGAACAGAGAAAAGACAAAAGAACCGGCAAUACUUUCUGAUAGCGAAGAUGACUCCGAACCCCAUCCCACUGGUGAGUGUUCCAGUUGUCUUCGUGGUCGGCAGAAACAGCAGAGCAAAACUACCAAAGCCUCCAAAAAGCCCAAAGAUUCCGAUUCUGACACAGAAGCGACAACUGACGAGGAGAGUGAAAAAGGUCAGAAAAAUAGCGGGAAAAAAGGAAAGGUCAAGGAGAAAGAGAAGACCAAGGCGGACAGUUCGGAUGGCGAGUCGCAGGAAGAGUCUGCCAAGGACACAGAUGAUUCCAGCAAUGAGAAGAAGAAGGAAAACAAGCAGCGGGAGAAGAAGAAGAAGAAGAAGAAGAAGAAGAAGAAGAAGAAAGAGAACGACGACCAGAAUGAAGAUGGGGAUAAGAAGGAAGACCAAACUAAGAACGGACAGAAGGACGACAAAUCCAAGGGCGAAGGAGUACCGGAAAACCCGCCGGAAACCCCCCCGAAAGAGGCAGCCGAAAAGAAAACACCACCUUCAGAAAAGAAACUCGGACAGGAGAGAGAAAGCAGAUACCCAAGGCCCUACCCCUGCCCUCAUCUUCGCCGUCCGAACCUCAUUGCCCCCAUGCGUGCAGAAGUCGUUCACACCGAAAGAGUCAUCGAAACCCCUGAAGAUCCCAUCCCAAACGCCUACUAUGACGCCGAAAAUAACAUUGUUAGAAUAUAUCACGGUCCCGUUUACGGACAUCACCACCAGUCUCUAUAUCCCAAGCGGGACCCCUCACUUCUACCUUUACCAAUCGGCAUGCCGCAUCCGACUCAGAACCCGUACUACCACGGCUUUGAAAGGGCCCAAGACAAGUCCGGCAUGGAACAUGUACCCAUCACACAGGGAAUGGCAAUGCCGGCCUGGAACGCGUUCGCUCCCAUGGGUUUCGCCGGGUAUCCCGGUGCUUUCCCGGGCGCACCGUGGCCGAGCAUGCAGCCAGCAACUCAGAAUCAGAGCCAAAACAAGGGAGCAUUCAGUCUGGUGAACCCUGCUGUAAACGCUGCCGGCGCAGCUCCAUCGAGCAAAGGCCAGGAUGUUGCUGGCGGGAACAAUGUUUUCCCCCCUGGGAAAGCUAAUCCGUAUCUUCCAAACAAGACCAGAUCUCAAUUCAGUGGGUUUGGAGGCAGCAACGGCUCCGUACGGAACGCGAGCCCCAAGAAUGUGAGCCCUGCUAAACUCGAAAGCCAGAAACCCACGGGUCAGCCGGAGCAGAGUGGAUGGGGGAACGGCAAUGGAGGAGCCACGGGCACGUGGGACAAUCAGACACAGGACAAUACGUGGAAUGACAAUGGUAAUGGAAAGCAGGGAGGUUCUCAGCAAUUCAAUGGCGGGGAUAAUCAGGACUCGGGUUGGAGCAACAACCAUGAUACCGGCAACUGUGGAAGUGGGUGGCCUGAUGGAGGACAGCCUUCUACCGGCAACGGCACCUGGGGAAAUCAGGAUGCGCAGAACGGGAAUGUCGAUAGUAAUACUGGACAAUGGGGCGAUGCCGCGCAAGGCGAUAAUGCCCCCCCCCGCGGAGGCACACAACAAUGUCAUGCCUGGUUCAUGGAGUGCCGCGCCGGAUACUCCCGCCUGGGGAGAUGCGACGAUGGCGGCAAGUACGGGGGGGAGAGUAGACGAGAACAUGUGGUGAUUUUGUCGUGGGAUACCAUCUGGCGAUGCUUGACCUGGGGAAAUAAAAACGGACAUAUAUUUUUGCGAUACAAUCUGAAAUAG